CCCAGACACAAUGUCAGCUCAAACCAUCUUGUAUGACCUACCCUCCCAACAGGGUACAGCUUGGUCCCUCAACCCUUGGAAGACACGUUUGAUAUUGAACUACAAGGGCAUCGACUACAAGACAGAAUGGGUCGAGUUUCCAGAUAUCGAAGCCAAAAUGAAGUCAUUGGGACUAUCACCAAACCCGAAAGAUGCGCUUGGCUAUUUCACGGACUACAGUAUCCCAGCAAUCAAAUACGAAGACGGUAGCUACCAAAUGGACUCGUGGCCCAUUGCACAGGAGCUUGAGAAGCGUUAUCCCUGUCCAUCUCUCCACCUGGACGAUCCUAUCAAUGUCAAGAUCCGUGACCAGAUCUCCACGAUCCUGGGUCCAGUCAUUAUGCAGUUCCUGCCCUACAUUCCCAAUCUACUGUCCGAGAGAUCGCAGGAGUACUUCUACAGGACUCGCGAAGCAGAAUUUGGCAAGCCACUCUCGGAAGUCCACAAGGAAGCUCUGGCGAAUGCGGAAGAGGGCUGGAAGAAGACGCAGGAGCCGUUGAAGGAGACAGCUGAUUUGCUGAAGAAGCACGACGGACCUUUCUUCUUGGGAGAGUCGGUCUCAUACGCAGAUUUCAUCUUUGUUGCGAUGUUGUACUUCGUCAAGUGUCUCGACGAGCAGGCGUUCCAAAGGAUCCUGUCGUUCGACGCGGCGUUCUCCAAGGUACAUGAAGCGUCCAGGCAGUGGUUCACAAAGAACAACUAA